AUGGGGAACGGGGAGGCUGAGGUUAAGUGGAUGAAAGAGAUACCUAAUGACGGCAUCAUUCAUUGUCGAGGCAUGUUGAAUGGAGAGCGCCUCAUUGUUUCCUCGCCAACAGCGCUGGCUAAGAUUGCAAGUGACAAUUAUACUUUCAUCAAACCCAUGGCCAUCAAACUACUGGCCGGUCGCGUCCUGGGCAUGGGUCUCGUCUUGACCGAGCGAGAUGAGCACAAGCAGCAGCGCAAACUCUUUCUGCCGCCUUUUGCCCCAAAACACAUACGAGACUUGUACCCUACCUUCUGGCAGAAAAGUCGGGAGGUGACGGAGCGGAUGGGUGACGAAAUCCAUGCAACUGAAGGCGCGGUUUUUGAAAUUGGCGACUGGGCAGCGCGCGUAGCGCUGGAUAUAAUAACCCUAUCCGCCAUGGGCAAGGACUUUGGUUCAAUUCGUGACGCUGACGCACCGCUGGCUAAGGUGUACCACACUGUGCUGCAGCCAACGAUGGGCCAUGUGGUAAUUGCGGUGUUGAAGAACUUCUUCCCUGCGCGGCUGGUGGAAGCCCUGCCGCUCCAGACUAACCGGCACCAGGGAGACGCUUUCGACACAAUUCGCGGGGUGUGCCGGGACCUCUUGCGGGAAAAGAAAGCUCAGCUAACAAAGAGCAAUCGGCUGGAAGGCAAGGACAUCUUAAGCGUGUGUCUGAGGUAUGAGGAAAUCGCCGGCGUCGACGAAGAGGAGGUGAUCAACCAGAUGACUACCAUACUGGGUGCAGGCCACGAGACAAUCUCAGUCGGUAUCACUUGGGCUAUCUACAUGCUCUGUCUGCACAGGGACUGGCAGAUCAGGCUUCGAGAGGAAGUACGCGCCACACUGCCAUCCCCCAGUAACACGCAAAAGUCUGCAUCUAGCGCGGACAUUGAGCGCAUGCCGCUUAUGCGUGCCUUCCUGGAAGAGGUGCUGCGGUGGUACCCACCCAUCCCGAUGACCAUGCGCGAACCGCUUGUUGAUGCAGAGCUGGACGGCCAUUUCAUACCCCGAGGCACCCGCAUCGUGGUUCCGAUAAAAGCCAUCAACCGCGAAGAGCGAUACUGGGGUUCCGACGCAAAACGAUUCAACCCGUCGCGGUGGCUAAAGGAUGGCGGUGAUUUCAACCCCAGUGGAGGGGCAUCGAGCAAGUACGGAUACUUGUCCUUCAUGCACGGUCCUCGCAGUUGCGUAGCAUCGGAGUUUGCUCGGGCUGAGAUGGCUUGUGUGGUGUCGGCUUGGGUCGGCCGGUUCGACUUGGAUUUGGCGGACGAACGGUUUCGGGACGAGGAGAACAUGAAAACAUCCAAUGGCAAUCUCUCCGGAAAGCCACUUGAGGGCCUAUAUGUGCGGGCCCAUCUUCUUGACGGGUGGUAG